AUGUUCAAGCGUGCAUUCCGGUCUCAGGACCAACACCAGAACCAGAACCGGGUGGACAAGGCUCAAAGACUAAAGAAGCCAAGCUCCGCCAAGGAGCAUGUCAAAGCAAAGGUGUCUAAGCUGCAGAGCUCUAUCAUAGAGCACGAAGCGGCACCCGCUCAGCCUAUCAACAUCACGCCCUCGCCGAUUGUCACCCUUACCAUUGGCCGCGAGGGACGUCUGUUUGCGGCACACGAGGAUGUCCUCAGCCAGUCGCCCUUUUUCGAGGCGGCUUGCAGCAAGGACUCGUCUGAUGCCAUGAACAAGAGAAUCUCCCUUCCCGAUGAGGAGCCCGAGAUCUUCUCGGCCGUGCUCGAGUAUCUCUACAAGGGAGACUACUAUCCGCGCCUGGUUCACAACAGGCACCGUAACUCCUGGGAGCUCGAGGACCGCAUGAGGACUCCUCAGAAGCCACCACCAACCCCUGACAACGGCACGGGCUCCGAUGCCGCCGUCUAUCUCUCCAGCGUGGGGGCCGAGAUCCUGCGUGACACAGUCAUCUACUGUGCCGCCGACAGGUACGGCCUCGAGGAGCUGAAGCGUCUGGCUCUGCGCAAGCAAGGGCUACAUGCCGGCAUCGACGUCGGCACCAUCCUGCGGUCUGCCCAGUACGCUUAUGCCAACACGCCUGAUUCGGACAGUCGCCUCCGUGCUCACUACCUUGCUCUGAUCAUCCGCUGCCGCAAGACGUUUAAGCGCAGCGGCACCAUGCAAGCUGAGAUGGAGGCCGGCGGCAGCAAGCUGUUCUUCGACUUGUUCGUUGCCAUGUGCAACCACUUGGACGACGUCAUUGACGUCACUAAUAACCGUUCGCCCAAGACUGUAUAA